UGUUUUGCUUUCUGUGCACUUCCAGCCUGUGGACAAUGUGUCCGAUGGAUCUGUCUCUGUGUGUGGCCUCAUGCCUGGGACAGUAUAUCAGUGGAAUGUGUCCUGUCUCCCUGAAGAAGGGGGAUUCUGGAGCGAAGUCAGCACAUUCAUCCACACCACACAGACUGAUGUUCCAGCAUCUCAACCAGAAGUGCAUCCUGGGAGUUUUCUACAAGUUGACUGUGAAGAAGACAACUGCAGAGGGAUCUUGCUGUUCUGGAAGGCUGUUCCUGCCCAUCUGCGUAAUGGUCCCAUCACAGAAUAUCACAUCUUUGUGGAAGACACUGAUAUUGGAAAUGAGACUGACAUCACCGUGACAAACAUGACACAGACGUCACUAGAACUCCGCCUGGAGCCAAACAACACCUACCAGGUCCAGACCUCAGCCUGUACAGAGGUGGGAUGCUCCACCAAGUCCAAACACAUCACCAUCGCACCACAGGGAAAAGGUGUGUCACCACCCCAGGACUUUACAGUGGAGUUUAUGACGGAUGAGGAGCCUGGCAACUUCAACAUCAACUGGCAACCACUCCACACCCGAGUCGUGUCCUACACCAUAUACUGGUGCAUGAGGGGAGAAAACACAACCAACUCUACAACCCCCUUGGACUGGACGACUGUGGCCCCCAACACCACGGAGUACAAUCUGACACUCCCAGGCCUCAGUGAGAACACCACACAAGACUACAUGGUGGGGAUCUCUGCUGAGGUCAUCAUGACCUCAUCGAGGACACGGAGGGCAAGUGAUGCAAGCCAGGUGACCAGCAGUGGCAUCUCAUGGAGUCAGUGCCUCCACAUCAGUGGGAAUAUUCCAGCAGCAGCACCUGAGGUUCUGCACAUGACCAGUGACCCAUCGACUGCCAGUAUAGACAUGGAAUGGCAAAAACUGAGCUGCUUGGAGACACCUAGUGUACUGACAGGUGUACUUGUGGUGUACUGUGUUGUUGAUGGAGGGGAUACAUGUACAGGACCUGAACAGAGUCAGAUGGCUGUAGGUCGAGGGAGCAGCUACACUUUGAAGGAUUUGGACACUGGCCACACAUACCUCAUCAAAGUUUGUGGUGUUUCAGCAGCAGGGAAUGGACCUUUCAGUGCACCAGUCAAAGUAGACCUGAAAGCAUAUCUUGCACUCAUGUACACAGUGCUAAUAGUGGCAAGUGUGCUGCUCCUCCUGUUGUUCAUCUUCUUCUGCAUCAUAUGGGGAUGCUGCAAAAUACAAGAAAAUACCAAGUUGGAAAUAUCUUACCCCAAAAACAAGCUGCAGCUGCUGCAACAUUGUGACUAUGUUGAUAUGCCCACUACACAUCCUGAAAGCAGUACAUCAGGUAAAAAUGGAACCUAUAGGAAAAGUGGAACAGACAAAGAGCGAGAUUUAGACCAGGAACUGGAAGACACCAAACUUUUACCUUCAGAAUCCUACCGGGACAUUGCCAGUAUAAGAAUGAGAGAAUCAUUAGGUCCCAAAAGAACGCACUCUUGUUAUAUGGGCUCAUCAGCUAAAAAGAGCUCCCUGGAAGUUAAGCCUAUAAAUAGAGAAAAGAUAGGUUUCACACAACCCUCUGAUACAGCGGACCCUGCUUAUGUGAUAGUGGCUGUACAUGGUGAAGACAUUCCUCGGGAACAGCUUUCCUCAUUCAGAAGUCAUCUCCCUCUGCCUUGAAGGGGGAUAUUGAGAGCUAUGUGAAUGCUGAAUCAGGGCAGGAAUAUUUUUCUCAUCCUUUCAUAUGAAAACAAAAAACAGACCCCAAAAAUUGCUAAAAUGCUCAUUCUACCAAUCAGGGUAUUAUUUCUCCUCAUCCACAAAAUAUUCCAUGUUGAAGUAUUUUAGUUGCUUUUGCAAAAGUACAAAAUAACCAGGUCUGCCAGCUAAUCAACUCGAUCAACCUCCAACAUCAAUUCUGCAGAUGAUUCCACCUUAAACUUGUUGCCACACCUGCAAACUCUCUGCCUGUUGGAAACACCAUCACCUCAGGUUUCCUGCUGCAGGAAAUACUCCAUCACAUAAAAGUCUGCUGAAGAUCACCCUUCUCCCAUUGUGCAAUAUGUUGUUUCUGCUUCAGCCUCAGCUUCUGCACAAUUGCAAACAAAUGAGUUAACACUUGUUCACCACAGUCCUGCUCCUUUCUGUUUCCACAAUACACACUCCACCAUGACCUGCUUGUAAUCCUAACUUUGGAACUUUCUGUCAUGAGUGAAGUCAUACAUUCAUUGAAGAAGAAAAUAUUCCUCCACCUUCAAGAAUUUGAAAUCAAUCCAUUCACAACAACAAACUAUCCAUGCAGAAAAAUGUCUCCGAUAUCAACAAAACAAAUAUCCUUCCCAAAGUAACAAUGACUCUACAAAAGAGUAAUAAGUAUUCAACGCCCCUACGACUUUCAAGUGAAACAGAGAAUCUGUCCACACAGGAAAACCUUCCUAUACUGCCGAGUCUAACAUCCAGACUUCCUUCUGUCAACUCUAGAACCUGCAGUAAAACCAGUGAUGACAAUAAUGUCCUUGAUAUUCCCUUUCUUGUGGGAGAACUACUGCAUAAGGCCCUACCAAUUUUAUUUCUUGUUUUACAGAUUUUUGUCCUCAGAAAACAUCACGGCAGGAGG